ACUUCACUGGUCGGGCUCACUCUAUAUAGCCAUGGUGUCGGUGUGGCACACAUCCUCACCUCACCGCCACGCUUCAAGGCUAGCUUAGCUCGGUUGUUGGUACAGCGAUAAUGGCGCUCCGCGGCGUCGCUCUGUGGACCGUGGUGGCACUGCUUGCUGCUGUGGCGACGGCGUCGCAUCCGUCGUGCCCUGCUACGCCACCGGACUCAGGGGCAACCCUGCAGGUGUCGCACGCGUUCGGGCCGUGCUCGCCGCUGGGCAACGACGCGGCCGCAGCGCCGUCGUGGACGGGGUUCCUCGCGGACCAGGCGUCCCGGGACACGUCACGGCUGCUCUACCUCGACUCGCUCGCCGUGGCCGGGCGCGCGUACGCACCGAUCGCGUCCGGGCGGCAGCUGCUGCAGACGCCGACGUACGUGGUGCGCGCUCGCCUCGGCACCCCGCCGCAGCAGCUCCUCCUCGCCGUCGACACCAGCAACGACGCGGCGUGGAUCCCCUGCUCCGGGUGCGCGGGCUGCCCCACCGCCAGCCCCUUCAACCCGGCGGCCUCCACCUCGUACCGCGCCGUGCCCUGCGGCUCGCCGGCGUGCGCGGGGGCGCCGAACCCGUCCUGCUCGCCCAACACCAAGUCCUGCGGCUUCAGCCUCACCUACGCCGACUCCUCCCUCGAGGCCGCGCUGUCGCAGGACUCCCUCGCCGUCGCCAACAACGUCGUGAAGAGCUACACCUUCGGCUGCCUGCAGAAGGCCACCGGCACGGCCGCGCCGCCGCAGGGCCUCCUGGGGCUGGGCCGCGGCCCGCUGUCGUUCCUGUCCCAGACCAAGGACAUGUACGAGGGCACCUUCUCCUACUGCCUCCCGAGCUUCAAGUCCCUCAACUUCUCCGGCACGCUCAGGCUCGGCCGCAAGGGCCAGCCGCUGCGGAUCAAGACCACGCCGCUGCUCGCCAACCCGCACCGCUCCUCGCUCUACUACGUCGGCAUGACCGGCGUCCGCGUCGGCAAGAAGGUGGUGCCCAUCCCGCCCUCCGCGCUGGCCUUCGACCCGGUCACCGGCGCGGGAACCGUGCUGGACUCCGGCACGAUGUUCACCAGGCUCGUGGCGCCGGCGUACGCGGCCGUGCGCGACGAGGUCCGCCACCGCAUCCGCGGCGCGCCCGUCUCCUCCCUCGGCGGGUUCGACACGUGCUACAACACGACCGUGAAGUGGCCCCCCGUCACGUUCAUGUUCACCGGCAUGCAGGUGACGCUGCCGCAGGAGAACCUGGUGAUCCACAGCACGUACGGCACCACCAGCUGCCUGGCCAUGGCGGCGGCCCCCGACGGCGUCAACACGGUGCUCAACGUCAUCGCCAGCAUGCAGCAGCAGAACCACCGCGUCCUCUUCGACGUGCCCAACGGCCGCGUCGGCUUCGCCCGCGAGCAGUGCACCGCAGCCUAGUUAUCUGCCGCACGGGAACCGGCCAGGGCCACAGCCUGCCGACCUGCGGCGACGCCACUGUUGUGUGCUGGUGCCGGACCAGCAUCUUUGCUGGCCGUGAUUUUAAUUCUUUUGUAGCGUAGCGUGUGUCGUCUCCAUCUGUGUGUCAGCCUUGUUGUGUAAGAUCUGUGUAUCACGGUUAUUUUUAGCAAUUUCAUGACGCUUAGGGUUGGGUUCGCCUAUCUUCAAGGGCCCUCCCAAAUUCGCUUUGCCGCCUA